AUGUCUCAGAAGUCCGCUAUCAUCUCCGUCUACGACAAGACUGGACUGCUGGAUCUGGCCAAGGGCCUGGUCAAGCAGAAUGUCCGUCUUCUUGCCUCUGGCGGUACCGCCAGGAUGAUCCGUGAGGCAGGCUUCCCCGUCGAGGACGUCUCCGCCAUCACCCAUGCGCCUGAAAUGCUCGGUGGCCGUGUCAAGACCCUCCACCCGGCUGUGCACGGCGGUAUCCUUGCCCGCGACAUCGAGUCUGACGAGAAGGACCUUGCCGAGCAAAAUAUCGCCAAGGUAAACUACGUUGUGUGCAACCUGUACCCCUUCAAGGAGACUGUCGCCAAGGUGAACGUCACCAUCGAUGAGGCCGUGGAGGAGAUCGAUAUCGGUGGUGUGACCCUGCUCCGCGCUGCGGCCAAGAACCACAAGCGUGUGACCAUCCUGUCGGACCCUAACGACUACCCUGAGUUCCUUAAGGAGCUCGAGGCUGGUGAGAUCACCGAUGCCAGCCGCAAGCACUACGCCCUGAAGGCCUUCGAGCAGACCGCCGACUAUGACACUGCUAUCUCUGGUUUCUUCCGUAAGGAGUACGCUGGGAAUGGUCUGCAGCAGCUCUCUCUGCGCUACGGCACCAACCCGCACCAGAAGCCUGCUUCCGCUUUCAUGCCUCAGGGCAAGCUGCCCUUCAAGGUUCUGAAUGGCUCUCCCGGCUACGUCAAUCUGCUUGACGCCCUCAACGCCUGGCCGCUGGUUAAGGAGCUCAAGCAGGCUCUCGGCUUCCCGGCCGCCGCCAGCUUCAAGCACGUUUCUCCCGCUGGAGCUGCCAUUGGUGUUCCUUUGAACGAGAAGGAGCGCAAGGUCUACAUGGUUGACGACAUCAAGGGCAUCGAGUCCUCUGCUCUGGCCCAGGCUUACGCCCGCGCCCGAGGCGCCGACCGCAUGUCCAGCUUUGGCGAUAUCCUCGCCCUCAGCGACAUCGUCGACACCCCCACUGCCAAGAUCAUCUCACGCGAGGUGUCCGACGGUGUCAUUGCCGCCGGCUACGAGCCCGAGGCUCUGGAGAUCUUGUCUAAGAAGAAGGGUGGCAAGUACCUUGUUCUUCAGAUGGACGAACACUACACUCCCGCCCCCGAAGAGUCUCGCACCCUGUACGGUGUGCAGCUCACCCAGCACCGUAACGACGUUAUCAUCUCGCCCAGCAAGACCUUCAACAAUGUCAUCACGCCCAAGAACGUCCAGUCCCUGCCCGAGGCUGCUCUCCGCGAUCUGACUGUUGCCACCAUCGCCCUGAAGUACACCCAGUCCAACUCGGUCUGCUACGCCCUGAAUGGCCAAGUUAUCGGCCUUGGCGCCGGACAGCAGAGCCGUAUCCACUGCACCCGUUUGGCUGGUGACAAGGCCGACAACUGGUGGAUGCGCUUCCACGACCGUGUUAUCAACAUUAAGUGGAAGCAGGGCACCAAGCGUGCUGACAAGAGCAAUGCCAUCGACCUGCUCUGCUCAGGCCAGACCCCUCGCAAUGAUGCUGAGAAGGUCGAGUACGAGCGCGUCUUCGAGGAGGUCCCCGCUCCCUUCACCCAGGAGGAGCGCGAUUCCUGGCUCCAGAAGCUGGGCGAGGUUGCCGUCUCUUCUGACGCUUUCUUCCCCUUCAUUGACAACGUCUUCCGCGCCGCCCGCUCCGGCGUUAAGUACAUUGCCGCCCCCACCGGCAGCCAGAACGACACCCCCGUCUUCGAGACCGCGGAGAAGCUGGGCAUCACUUUUGUCGAGCAGGGUGUCCGUCUGUUCCACCACUAA